UUCUCAGUCUCGUUCGCCAUGGAAGCUCACGAUUUCAAGCGAUUUCCACCGAUUUGAUCUCGUUUUCCACCUAUUGAUCUCGUUUUCCACCGAUUUCCACCGAUUGCAACUUGAUUUCCUCCGAUUUCAACCUCCACAGAUUUCAACCACCGCACGCCACCGUAGCAACAGCCUCCUCCGCCGUCGUUCUCUCUGCGAUUUUCUCAUGGAUCCAUCGCUCAGAGACUCAACAACUUCUACUCCGUCGCAUGCUGCAUUCUCUGCGAUGCAAGCAAUUGAGGUGAAGAAUCAUUCAACGCUGAAUGGAAAAGUGAUAAGGGUCUUGUGGUCGCGUCGUGAUCCUGAUAUUAGGAAGAAUUGCAUUGGGAACGUUUUUGGGAAAAUCGUUAGCUUGGCUAUUUCAAAGGAUGAAAAUGGGAUGUCAAAGGGCUUUGGCUUUGUGAACUAUGAAAACCCAGAUGAUGCUAAAAGGGCCCUGGAAGCGAUGAACGGAACACAACUAGGUAGUUUUUUUUUGCAUCCUUUUACUGUGCUGGUUUUCUGCAGGCAUAGUUGGCAUUUCUUGAUGGUACAUGACAUGGUUUUGAUUUGUCUUAAACAGGUUCGAAGAUAACUUGUUUGCCAUUCUCUCCUAUUUUUAACUAGCCAUUAUGUUUUCAGUUGUCUUGAAUGCUAUGUUUUAACUUCCAGGGAUCAAACAUUUAUGUGAAGAACAUUGAUGACAAUGUAAGUGAUGAAGAACUGCGGGACCAUUUUAGUGCAUGUGGCUCUAUAACUUAUGCAAAAGUUAUGAAAGACGAGAAAGGGAUAAGCAAAGGGUUUGGUUUUGUCUGUUUCUCUACUCCUGAGGAGGCAAACAAAGCUGUGAACACUUUUCAAUGUAAGUAAGUUCAGUUGUGUUUGGGACAUGAUAUAUGCUUCAGUGUAGUACUUUAGCAGUAAUACAAAAACAGGAAUAUAAUUGCUUGCUAUAAGUUCAUAAGAAAAAGAAUGUAAGACUUCAGUGAUAUAUUUAUUGUGUUACUGCAAUUUUACAAAUUCAUUGCAUUGAUCCUUCCCUGUGAAUGUUCAACUUGCAGCAUGAAUCCUGGUUUUUCUCAGAUCACUUUUUUGGACGCUUAGAAAUUCAUUUCAAUAUCACUUAUUUGGCACAAAGAAGUGUGACGUAUUUGUUAAUUUAUCACAUAAGUUCAUUUCAAUAUCACUUUCUUGUACCCUUAAAAAUUCAUUUCAAUAUCAUUUAUUUGCCACAAAGAUCAUAGC